CGGCAUAUCUGCUCCACCGUGUGACUUGCAGCACUAUUUAAUUCCGAGAAGAAGAAUUCCAAGCGAAACCUAAACACAGCGGUGUUGUGUUUAAAAGGAUGCCUUUCCAUUUUUGCCCACAAUGCGGGACGAAGCUACAGCCUGAUUUCAGAUUCUGCCCGUCGUGUGGAGAGAAACUUCCCAGCUCUCCUGAUGAAGCUGGACUCCAGAUUUCAGCUGUCUCUUUGAAGGACGAAACAAAAACAGCUGUAACUAACUCAAGCCCUCCUUCAACUUUGACCUCCCCGGGCCGUAAAACUCCAUCUCCCCUUUCACCUCGAUCUCCUCUGAGAAGGACCCGAAAAAACCUGGAGCAGGAAACUCCUGCCAAAUCCACUGAGCCUUCAUCAUCUCCAGUCAAAAAUGACAAGACUAAAGUAGUUCAGGGUGUUGGGAGUCAAACAUCUGAUCCAAAGAAGCAAAUCGGCACAGUAAAAGCUAAACCAGAGGCAAAACCAACCUCAGAGGCCGGAUCACCUUCUGCUGUGAAAUCUCCUCGACAGGUCAGGGGAAAAGGGAAACUUUCCAGCCCCGUUAAAAAUGAAGCAGCAGCAGGAAAGAUCGCAUCUGAUGAAACGGCAACAGAGGAAUCAAAGAUGGAGCGCUCUGUUUCCUUCAAGUUUCUAUCGAAGACAGUAACAGGAGGGUGGAGCAAAUCGAAGAAGGCGAAGCACGCGUCCUCGCCGGAGCCGCUGCCGGAAGGGGAGCAGCUGACAGAUCAGUCGGGCAAGACGUGGAAACUGAUCAAGCUGAUUGAUCAGAACAUGACAGAACUCCUGUACGAAGCGGCUCAACCCAAUUCAGAAGAAGCCGAUCACAUCCUCAAACUGGGAGCUAAAGAUGGGAAAAUCUUCAAUGAGCAGAACUUCCUGCAAAGAGCUGCUAAAUCUGCAUCAGUGGAGAAGUGGAUCAAGCAGAACAAACUGGAUUUUCUGGGGAUCCCCGUCUGUGUUGGUUUUGGUCUUCAUGCAGACCUAUACAGGUUUCUGAUUUUCCCCGACAUGGGCUGCUCCCUCCAAUCCGUCUUAGAAGAAGAAAACGAGCUUCUCUCUGAGAAGGCCGUUCUCCAGCUUGCCUGUAGGAUACUUGACGUGCUGGAGUUCAUCCACUCAAAAGAGUACGUUCAUGCUGACGUCAACGCAGAGAACAUCUACGUCAAACCUGGGCAGAAAUCACAGGUGUACCUGGGAGGAUACUGCCAUGCCUUCAGGUACUGUCCAGGAGGCCAGCAUGUGGAGUACCGCGAGUCCAGCAGAAUGCCACAUGAGGGCGCCAUAGAGUUCAUCAGCCUGGACACACACAAAGGAGCAGCCCCGUCUCGUCGCAGUGACCUGCAGUCACUGGGUUACUGCAUGUUGCUGUGGCACACGGGAACGCUGCCGUGGGCUGAGCUCCACCAUCCGAAGCUGGUGACCGCUGAGAAACAGAGGUAUAUGAAAGACGUGAGAGCCCUGCUGAGAGACUGCUUUGGGAAGAGGGAAGUUUCAGGUGCAUUUCAGGGCUUCCUGACAGCAGUGAUGUCUCUGCAGUACACAGAGGAACCAAACUACUCCAUGCUGAAGACUGGACUCAGUGCUGCCCUGCAGCAGCUGGGAGGGUCGGUGGAGCAGCCUCUCAAUUUACCCCUAGAAUCCAGACUGUAGGAGGAAAACUCAUUCUUGGUUUUAAUAGCUGAAUUUUUAUCUGUGAUUGUUGUCGAGGCACUGAAUCCUGAACAGUUCAAAGUUUUUGGUCGGCAUUUCAAGCAAUAACCAUCACUGUGAGGUUUCUAACAUUAGCUGAACUGGUUUUAAAUUCAGGAGGAUGUUGACACUGCUGGUUUAAUGUGACGCCGCUCUAAUGAAACUUCAUCAGGUUGGGAAACUUUUGCUUCACUUGUGAGUUUUUUUUUUUUUUACUUCUGAAUCUUUCUGAAUGUGAAUAAAGGAUGAGGUUUACUGUUUUCUUUACAUCAUCGUUCCUGUUGAAGAUUUAACUACAACAGUAAGUUAAAAUAAACAGUUUUAAACCAAGUAAGCUGAAUUUCUUGUUUAAAAUA